GCCAGCGGUGGGGGAGGGGGCUGCGUGGUCUCGGCCCCCGAGAGGGGAGGGGCGACAAUUUCUGUCGGCCGAGCUAAAGGGGCUUAAAGGGCGGCUCUUAAAGGGGCCGCAGUAGGGGCCCGGGGCCGAGGAGGCACCCCCCUCCCCAUCCGCCUUCCGCGGCUCUCACCCGGGGCCGCCGGGCCGGGGCGGGGCGGUGGUGGGGGAGAAUGCGGAGGAAGGGAGCGUCUGUCGGGGCGGCCCGGGGGACAGAGCCCCCACCGGCGGGGCUGGGCCCGAGCUGGCGGGCUGGGGGGCUGGGGGGGUGUGGUGAGCGCCGGCUGGCGGAGUUGAGGGGGGAGGGGAUGCGCCUGGAGAGGAAGGGGUUAAAGGUGGGGCCAGCCCUACAAACACGCGCACACACUCCUUACUCAAACCCGGUCACACGCGUUUCCUUGGCACUUAAUGGGGUGUGGGGGGGUGUUGGGGCCCGGGCCUGAGCCCUCUGCACUCCAGGCUCCUGCCGCCCGGCUUUGGGAGGUCGCGGACCCCACCGUCUCAACUCACACCUCACGCCGAGCCCCCUCUCCUACGCGCACACACGCUCCGGGGCGCGCGCGCACACACACCUCGGACAUUCCCAUAGUGCCUCACGUGACACACGGCCCCGAACGUGCUACCCUUCACACACGCUCACGCACGCGUGCACACACGCGCACACACAAACACUCUCGGCCACUUCCCAACUCUAUCCCCGACCCCCAGCCGCAGCCCUGCAAAGGCACUCAUUGACUGUGACACACCUACACCCAUUCACAGACACACACAUUCCCCCCACACAUGCCAACCACAGACACACAUUCAUAAACAGGGCCCGGAGAAGUACACACGCACCCCCUCGCCUACUCUUUCGGAGCCCUGAGUCAUUCCUGCCCCCUCCCAGGGCUCCCCAUUUCCCUGUGUGAGCGCACAUUGGCGGGCUAGGGAAUUCUUUGGCGGUCCCUUCCCAGGACCCCCCCUCCGCACUGUGUGUUCCCUCUGACACUCUGCGAGGACUUCCUGUGGGUCCCAGGUCAGGGACGAGGAGGGCCUGGAGGGUUGCCACAGCGCUGGUGUGAGUGGGGGAGGUACUUCCUUUUCCUGAACUCCGGGAUCCUGCAGGAAGAAGCUGGGAAGUUGGGCGGGGGCCCCACAGAGGACGUCCUGACAGUGGUGGGGCUGACUCUCCCAGACGCACUGGGCCUUAGGGAGGAGCCGGGGUGCAGCGGCCUGGGAUGAGGAGCUUGGCAGAGAGGAGGCCCAGUGGGGGCCGAGGCCCGGGCCCUUGCCAUGGAGUCCAUGUUUGACGAUGACAUCAGCAUCCUGACCCAGGAGGCACUGGGGCCCAGUGAGGUGUGGCUGGAUGCCCCCGGAGACCCCUCGCUGGGGGGGGACAUGUGCUCCGCUUCCCACUUCGCCCUCAUCACAGCCUAUGGGGACAUUAAAGAGCGCAUGGGAGGUCUGGAGAGGGAGAAUGCCACCCUCCGCCGCCGUCUCAAAGUCUAUGAGAUCAAGUACCCGCUGAUCAAUGACUUUAGAGAGGAGCACGGCUUCUCUCUGUAUGAAAUCGAGGAUGGCUCCCUGCUGGAGAUGGAGAAGGUCAGCCUACAGCAACAGCUCAACCAGUUCCAGCAUGAGUUGCAGAAGAAUAAGGAGCAGGAAGAACAGCUUGGGGAGAUGAUCCAGGCUUAUGAGAAACUUUGCGUGGAGAAGAGCGACCUGGAGACAGAGCUGGGGGAGAUGCGGGCCCUGGUGGAGACCCACCUGCGGCAGAUCUGCGGCCUGGAACAGCAACUGCAGCAGCAGCAAGGCCUCCGGGACGCCGCCUUCUCCAGCCCCAGCCCCCCGCCUGCCCCUGCCCCACCAUGUGCUGAUCUGGACCUGCACUACUUGGCACUGAGAGGGGGAUCUGGCCUGAGUCACGGCUGGCCGGGCCCCGCAGCCAGCGUGAGUGAGCUGGAGCGGCGGCGGUUGGAAGAGGCUCUGGAGGCUGCCCAGGGCGAGGCCCGGGGGGCUCAGCUUCGGGAGGAGCAGCUCCAGGCUGAGUGCGAGCGGCUGCAGGGGGAGCUGAAGCAGCUGCAGGAGAGCAGGGCCCAGGAUCUUGCCUCCAACCAGUCAGAGCGGGACAUGGCGUGGGUAAAAAGAGUCGGGGAUGAUCAGGUGAACUUGGCGCUGGCUUACACGGAGCUGACAGAGGAGCUGGGCCGGCUGCGGGAGUUGAGUUCCCUGCAGGGGAGGAUCUUGAGGACUCUGCUGCAGGAGCAGGCCCGGAGCGGCGGCCAGAGGCACUCGCCGCUGUCGCAGCGCCACUCCCCGGCCCCCCAGUGCCCCUCACCAUCCCCGCCUGCCCGAGCGGCGCCCCCCUGCCCCCCGUGCCAG